AUGUCCAGCAUAGACAUAUUAGAUGAAGUGCGAAAAUGUGGUUCUCAAGAAAUCAUUUCAGAUAUUGAAGAAGUUAUUAAAACAAAAUCUACAAAAGGACAUUCUAAGAACAGUGGAGCUAAUAAAAAUUUAGACAUUUCUGCAAGUUCAGAAGGAAUGCUUACACCAGAGUGCAAUGAUGAUGACAACCUUAAAGAGAUGACUGCGUCAGAUUAUGAAAAAUAUAAAAAAGCCUAUAUUAAAACAACUGGAAAGAUUAUAGAAGAUGCUCUUUACAAUUUCAGCUUGCAUUGCAAAUAUGAACAAGGAGAGUCAUGUAGCUUGUCAUCAUCAACAAGAAAAAAUCGGGAAAGAACUGUGGCUGCGGUAGUGGAUACAAAAAGAAAAAUGUUUGGGAGGGGUGAUCUUAUAAUUCGUAAGUUUGCAGAGUUUGGGUAUGCAGAAGCAGGCCGACAAUUUGAGGGACAGAAUGAUGAAUGUAAAAUUCGCAAAUUGGAAACAAUUGGAUUCCUUCAUUCUGGGCUUAUGAUGUCAAUUUUGCGUAUGGACUCACCAGCAGGAUAUGUAUGUCGUGUGAAGUCACUUUCUAUUGCACCACAUAUUAGUGAGUUUGGAAAAAACACACUUCCUGUAAUUGCCAUGUCAUGGAAGACUAAAAAUACAAUUUGUUUGAUUGACCAAGCUGAUGACAGUGAAGAGGAUCAACUACAACACCUACAGGAUGCCUGUGAUACAACUCCACCACCACCACAAAAAUGA